AUGGCAUCAAGAAGAAAAAAACCAGAGUUUGGCAGUUGCCGCAGGAAAAAAAAAAAAAAAAAAAAAAAAGUUGAUUCUCUUCGUGUUUGCAGAACGACCUUCACUGCGUACCAACUGGAGGAGCUGGAGCGGGCGUUUGAGCGCGCCCCCUACCCGGACGUCUUCGCCCGCGAGGAGCUCGCCCUGAAACUCGCGCUCUCGGAGUCCCGGGUGCAGGUCUGGUUCCAGAACCGCCGCGCCAAGUGGCGCAAGCGCGAGCCGCCCCGCAAAACCGCGGGCUACAUGUCGGCCGGCUCGGCGGCCAGUCCCGGCGGCCUUGCGGCCGGCUUCAACAGCCUCAACACCGGCCUCAACCCCUUCGCCGGCUCCGCCGGCACGGCAGCGCCCCCCGACGCCUGGGCCUACUCCCCGGCCUACGACCUCGCGCCCCACCUCAACCUCCUCAGUCCAUCCGGCUCGCCGUACUCCACGGGGGCCUUUGGUGGCGCCGGGCCGGCCGGCAGUGCCGGCAACAAUGGCUCCGCGGCGGCGGCGGCGGCGGCGGCGGCUGCAGCCUACUCGUACGCCACGAUGCUGCCCCAGGCGCACGACGGCUCGUUAUUCGCCGCACCGCCGGCGGGUAACGCGAUGCGCGUGCACCACCACCACCAGCAGCAGCAGGACUACAUGAGCGCCAGUAACAGUCCGCCACCGGGGCCGCCGUCGCAGCAGCAGCCGCCACCGCCAGGGGGACUCGGUGGCAGGCCCGAUUACCAGACCAUGGUGGCCGCGCACUCGCCACCCACCCACAUGUCGGCCCCGGAGGACGAGCACCACGCGGGUAAACUGGACUACGUGGGAUCGCUGAGCCCAUCGGACAAGUACGGGCAGCACGAGGCGAACGAGUACUCCCAGCAGCAGCAGCAGCAGGCCCUUCAAGAGCAGCACAAAAACGACUACGUGGGCAUGCACUCGCCGACGAGCGCGAGGCAAGGCCUCAAGGAACAACAGACGAUCGUGAAAACGGAGCCGGGCAGCCAGCAGCAUCAGCAAAACUACGUGCAGCUUCCGCCUUUUCUGAAUUGACGCGGACCCUCGUUCUCGAAGGGUUCGGCUCAUCUUACCACAGAUUCCAUCACAGCAACGGCUGACCGUUCGCUUGUAUCCUCCGCGUCGUUGUCGCGCUUCUUUGAUUCUUUGUACUGUGAUGAUCGCGAUUUGCCGGUGUACGGGUAGAACUUUUUUUUUUUUGUUUUUUGUUUUUUGCUCCAGUAUUCGGACACGCUAGUCGCGUCGUGAUUAUUGGAGCAGGGACUUUCCAUCUUAUUUUCUUUGUUUUUGCAAGCAACACCGACGCUUCGGACGGAAAAUAUCGAGGUCUUGAAAAAAAAAAAGAAAGAAAAACAAAUUUGAAUGUAUAUCUUGAAAAAAAGGAAAUUUUACUGAAAAAAAAGUUUUUUACGGGGUUGAGAGUGAAAAAAUGAUGUUCUCUGUCUGCGACGUUAAUGAUUCAUGAAUAUGAAUCAAAAUAAUUUUGUACAUAAUUUUUUUUUCAACCGAUGUCGGCUCGGAAUAGUUUAUUAUGUAUAGGCUAUAAGUAAAUGUGUGCGUGGAAGAGAAACUUUAAUGUUUGGUUAAAUUUUUCUUUUUUAUUUGUCAAAAUUGAUUCUGCAAUCAUUUUUUCCGAUUUUGUCCAAUACCUAUGUUUGCGAUAUUCGCAUUUUUUGCUUUUAAGUGUAAAAAAACCAUAAUUUAGUGUUUAAUUGUAGUUAAAAGUUAAGUUUGCGAUUUGAGUGGAGAUGUCAUGUGUAGUAUGAUUGUCUUUUUGAUGAGAUUUUUGUCACCAAGUAAUAUUAAAUAAAGGGUAAGGAAAAUCAUCUUAAGCAUCGACUUAUGAUUUUUAAGCCUAAGGAGGUCAAGUGUCAUAUUUAUAUAUUUUUUCACGAACGAACUAUUUGCCCACGAGAGAAAAAUUUACUGUAAAGCUAAAACUAAAGUUGUUUAUAACAAAAAUUUUUACUACAAUUAUAUAUUUAAUCAAUGUUUUUAAAAAUGCGGAUGAACAGUAUUGCUGUAUUUUUCUUGCAUGAAUGUUAAUACAGAAUACGAUACAGAAAAAAAUAAAAAAUAAAAACGUGUUAAUUAACUAUCUAGAAACGUUUCGCUUGUUUUUAGAAGAUUUAAAUGCAAGCUACAGUUUACAGUUGACGCAUAGUUGAUGUAUUUUUAUGUUUUAUCUUACGAUGUGUAUUUUAAUUUUGCGUGCCUCAAGAUUGUUACUGAUGUACAUAUGCAUCAUUAAACGAAUGUUUUUCAAACUCGUUGAUAUAAUCAUUAUGUGAAAAAUAAUCGUAUAAAUUAUGAGAAAAAAAGGUUUUUUCAAAAAAAAAAAAAAUAAAUA